AUGAUGGUUUGCUCCAUUUUUAGAGUUUCGGCCGAUAAAUUGAUAGCUCCAUUUGAACUCCCGGAAUCCGAAAAGAAUGCCCCGGUACCGCCGGAAUCGGACUUGGCAUGGCGGCUAAUUCUCAUGGUCGGUGGAAUUCCAGCGUUGAUGACUUAUUAUUGGCGAAUGAAGAUGCCGGAAACCGCUCGAUUUACAGCUUUGGUCGAGAAAAACACAUUGCAAGCAGCGAAAGAUAUGGAGAAAGUGUUAAAAGUAUCACUGAGUCAAAUCCAAGAAGAUGUCGAGAUGAUCAGCACCCCAAUCAACCGUGUAUCUUCCUCAAACACGUAUGGCUUCUUUUCAAAAGAAUUUCUCCGGCGACAUGGCCGUGAUCUCAUGGCAGCAUCCACAAACUGGUUUCUCCUGACAUCGUCUUCUACAGUCUCAAUCUAUUCCAAUAUCACGCAUUUAAACAUCACAUGA